AUGAUUCGUGGCCAAUCGUUUCCUCAGGGUCCAGCUGUUGUUCAGUAUUGGGGUCAGAAUUCCGCCGGGGCCGGUGGCAAUGCACAAAAGCCCUUGGCGACUUAUUGUGAUGGCAACAACGAUGCCUUGAUCCUAUCGUUUAUAUCGGCUUUCAAUCUGGGGGGUCUUCCUGUCUUGAAUCUGGCCAAUUCCUGUGACGGGACUUUCUUCCAAGGAACCCAAUUGUUAACUUGUCCCCAAGUCGGUGAAGAUAUCAAGACAUGCCAAAGCAAAGGCGUGAAAAUAUUACUGUCCUUGGGAGGCGCCUCUGGUGCUUACGGGUUCCAGAAUGAUCAACAGGCGGUGGCAUUUGCUCACACCUUGUGGAAUUUAUUCGGUAAAGGAUCGAGUGAGACACGGCCGUUUGGCGAUGCGGUGAUCGACGGGUUCGAUCUCGAUAUUGAAGGCGGAGGAUCCACGGGAUAUGUGGCGUUUGUACAGGAAAUGCGCAAGUUGUAUGCUCAAGAUAGUUCCAAACAAUAUUACAUGACCGCAGCUCCGCAAUGCCCAUUUCCGGAUGCGCUUUUGGGAUCUGUCAUUAAUGCGGUCGGCUUCGAUGCUAUCAAUGUCCAGUUUUACAACAACUAUUGUGCGCCGACCAGUGGCAGUUUCAACUUUGCCACGUGGGAUGAAUGGGCUAAGCAAACCUCGCCUCAGAAAAAUGUCAAGGUUUACUUUGGCAUUCCCGGUUCCCCUAGCGCGGCAGGAAGUGGCUAUGUUCCCUUCAAUACCCUCAAACCGAUUGUUCAAUCUGUGGCGUCUUCCUACUCAAGUUACGGUGGUGUUACGGUCUGGGAUGCUUCACAAUCGUAUGCGAAUACCGAGGUCUCUCCCAAUUAUGCAGUCGCUCUUCACGAGCUGGUUCACUCUGGCAGUAGCAGUGCCGGAGGUAGCGGUAGCGGCGCCUCGCCAAGCCAAGGCUUUACGCCUGUGUCGUCCAUCAUGGUUGCCAUGUCAUCUUCUUCCGCUCUUCCUACUUCGGUACCAGGCACCGGCGGCUCCAAUGGCAGUCGAUGUGUUCUGGAACCUACAUGUAGCAAACCUGGCCAAGUCGUAUGUCACGGCGACGGUAUUGCUAUCUGCGAUCACGGGAAAUGGGUCACUAUGGCUUGCCCUGCCAGCACCACUUGUUUCGAUACUACCGACGGCAGUUCAGUGUAUUGCGGUGCUUCAACGGGUCACACGACCAACGAGUGUUCAGCUGUGUCAGUGCAAUCGCGAUUUAAACAGGUUCAUCGUCCAAAGUUCCCGCAACCUUAUCGAUCGGCCAAAGUGUCCGCGCAGUUAUCGGUCAAGAGUAGCUCCAACUCCACAUUCGAAGCGGUCAUCAAUGCACGCCGCUUGGAUAGUAUGCCCUUUGGUAGUUCCGUGGUCGUUGAAUUUGCUACUCAUCCCACCAUUAACGUUACCGAGGUGGACUCGGGUUUCAUCAAAUCCAACGGGAAGAACGUCAAAUUACAAGUCAAAAACCCCAACAAGAAAAGCAUGGCUCUUGUUUUCUCCAUCAAAGGAAGCAUGGAUUCCCCCGUUUUCAUCGCCCCCAAUCCAUCCAGCAUGAAAUUUUUGUCCUAG